CAGCCGCAUUGCCUGGUAUAUCGCAGCACCCCGUAUCUGGUCACAUUGUUUGCAGCGCUAAAAAAAAGAGCGAAGUGAAUAUGGCGAGUCUUGGGGUCCAACACGAAAAUAUUUCGAAUAAUCCAGAAGUGGAAAACACAUCCAAGCGAACCGAAAGUCGCGAGGGCAGCGCCGAGCGAAAAGCCCACGCACUCGCACCUGCCAAGAUCACGGGCUGCAGCGCCGGCGCAACCUUGCAUUGGUUCGCCCAGGUGGGCGGGCAAUUCUCCGCCAGCGAAGACGACUCUCAAGACCGCGAGGAGAAGCUGAAAUAUGCCCGCGAUCGACAAAACGAGGAGCGCCACCGGAAGAUCGAGGAGCUGCGCGCCCAGGCGGAGGCCGCCCAGCGGUAUCGCGAACAAAAGGAGGAGGAGCGGCGGCGACGCAUCGAGGAGAUCCGCGUCCGGGACACAGAGAAGCGCCACCAGGUAGAGGAGCGCAAGAGGGCCAUCUUUGAGGCAGAGAAGGAACGCCGCGAGUAUAUCCUCAAAAAGAAUCAGGAACGCGAAUCCCGGAUAGAAGUCAAAAAGCGGGACAGAAACUCCAUCGGCUUCGCUUUUGGUUCCUCGACUCCCCGCCUGCUGGAUGUGCCCGCGGAUUAUGGCCUGGUAUCGCCCAGUGCCUUUUGGGGUCAGCGGAGAUCCACAUCUAUAUCGAACGUAGCGGGCGCCUCGCUCACACGUCGAAGUUCAGAGCGUGAACUUGCCGACAGUGGUGCUAAGAAGCGUGCCUCCUCAUCGACGGACCGUCAAGAUGAUCACCGACGCAAGUCUUCCUCCAUGUACGAGGUGUUCAAUUGGGGCUAUUCCAAUGACGAGCCGCCCAAGCGGUUCUCGCUCUCCAUCGCCGGCAGCGAGAUAAAUAUCGAUGGGCCGGUCAAUCCCAAUACGCCGCCCACUUCCAAACAAACAGCCAACGCGCACAGACCUACAAAUCUCACAACAACCACAGCAACAAGCACCACAACUGCAGGCCACAACAACUUUAACAACCAUAACUCGUAUCGUAAGGAGGAUAGCGUUGAUUCAUCGCCCAUGGUGUUCCGAAGCGUUUACCGCAGGAAAACGGACCUCAUGCCGACAAUACCCAGCCCCCGAGACGGGCAUUAUGGUUCGCGAGGCUCCCUGAGCACCACGCCGGCCAGAACCCCAGGACGGGCCUACUCGAUGAACCGCUUGGACCAGCUGGCGCAGCCGAUUCGCCGGAACGGGGAGCACAUGCGGGCCAUUCUGGAGCGCGAGAGGCGCGAACGUGAGCUGGAAAUGCUGGACGAGACCGCCUCGCUGGGCGGAGGAGGGGGGCGACGCGGUGCGGCGGCCAGUGCCCGAGCCCGGAGAGCGGGUAGCGCCGGCAGCGGAAGCUCCAGUGCCGCCGGCAUCAUGUCCCGCAGCAUGACCCACCUGGCCGGAGGAGGUAGUGGCCAGCGGGAGCGCGGAAAGUACUCGCUGGGCGGCGGCAUCUCGACCAGCUUCCGGCCGCUGGCCAGCGGAGCCGGAGGGCAGCGGGACACCACCAGUAAGAGCAUGACACAGAUUAGCAGUUGGUCGGUUUAUGGCAGCACAGCACCACAGCAACCAACACCCAACCACCUGCACCACCUGCGCCAGUCCACACUCGGCCUGCAAACUGCGGCAACUAAGAAAUACCUCCAGUCAUCAUUUGCCUCAGCCUCAUCCUUCAACUCUGCAUCCUUCCGCGCGAACGCGACUGGGCGUGGCCAGCAGCAGCAAUAUGCGAUCUCUACUAACCCCCACCGUUUUCUCGAUCUCGAUCCCAACUCAUUGUUGCUCAUGAACUCUGCUAGUUUGUUAGUGAAUGCAGGCUCGCGAUCGGGAAAUGCCACGCCCGGCGGACACUUCAAUAGCUCAAGGCCCGGCAGCGCCAUGUCCACAUCGACAAACAUGUCCACAUCCGGGAUGGUGCCCAGGCGACCGGCAACGGCACCCCGGAAACCCAGGCCCGCCAGCAUCGCCGGAACGGGCAUGUCCCUCGAUGAGAUCAACAAACUCAAGAGGGAUCAAAAGCCGCCCUUAAAGGCAGCAGCCGCCUCGCCAUCCGCACAAACGACACCCAAACGAACUGCAAACCUGAUGUCCACCUCCCUGAUCGUGACCUCCAGCUCAUCGCGGCUGAGCAGUGCCGAGAAAAAGACUCCCUCAAAAAGGGAACCUCCGGUACCCAAGGCGGCAUCCGCUUCCAAGGCGCUGCCAAGUCGCACGGCCAGUUCGGAGCGCAUCAGUCGGCUCAGCAAGGAGCCGAAAACCAAGGAUACCUCUGCGAUGUCCAGGUCAAUGAUCGUCAGCAGCAGCAGUACCACAACCAUCACAAAAGUGGCUCCUGCUCCGGCAGCACCAGCUCCCGUCGCCGCCCCGGCUCCCGAGCAAAACGGCGUGGCCAAGGAGGCUGAAAAGACGCCCGCAGAGGUGCCAGUUCCUGCAGUGGCUGCAGUUCCUACCGAGGCUCCUGUUGCUGUUCCACCAGUGAGCAAGGCUGAGAAGGAGGCCCUGAACUCUGAGAAAACGGAAGAAGUGGCUCGCCAGGAGGAGGAAGCAACUUUGUUGGUGGAACCUGUGCCCGAGACCUUGGUUACCUCGGUUAAUGUAGAGGAAAAAUCUGACGAGGGAACUGAAAAGGAGGCGCCUAAGACCCAGGAGCAGGCUGUGCCCAAGAAACCGUCGCGCAGCAAGGAGAACUCUGAGGUGCGAGAGCUGACUCCGCCGGAGGGUGCAGAUCUGAUGACCGCAUCGAUGAUGGCCAAGAAGAUCACGACCGAGGAGGAGGCCAAGGCCGCAUUGGCCGAGAGACGACGCCUGGCCCGCGAGGAGGCCGAACGACAGGCGGAAUUAGAGCGCCAACGACUGGAGGCUGAACGCCUGGCAGAGAUUAAGGCCCAAGAGGAGGAGGCCGAGCGGCAGCGCCUCUUCGAGGAGGAGUCCACUCGACUGGCCGAGGAGCAGCGCCGCGGCGAGGAGGAGCGCCUGCGCAAGGCUAUCGAGGAAGCCCAGCAGCGGGAGGAGGAGGAGAGACGCAAGCGUGAGGAUGAGGAGAAACAGCGCGUGGAGCGCGAGGAGGCCGAGAAAAAGGCCAAGGAGGAGGCGGAGAAGCAGCGCGUCGAGGUGGCCGAGCGGCUCAAGAGGGAGGAGAAGGAGCGCGAGGAGCGCCGCAAGCGGGUGGAGGCCAUCAUGUUGCGCACUCGCAAGGGAGGUGCCGCCACCACACCCUCCAAGGACGCUAACGAUAAAGCAGCUCCUGCUGCGCCUGCUCCAGAGAACAACAGCAGCAGCAACAGCAGCGUCACUGGCAGCAGCAACAACUCGGCUGAGGGCUCACCCAGCGCAGCAGAUUCCACACCAGCGCCCGCGCCCGUGGCCACGGAAACUGUCCAGGAGCCACCAAACAGCCAGGCGAUGUACGAGCAAUCGGUGCUAGAUAAGGAGAACUCGCUCAUCAACAGCUUCUCCACAAUGAUCAUCGAUGAGAAUGCCAAGAACCUGCAGCAGGUGAGCAACGGCAAGUUGCUGGUGGACUUCGAGGGCACCAACACUGUCCCGGCGGUGGCCAAUGGCAAUGGUCACAUCGAGAAUGUCAACAACAAGAAUGACAUCAAUCUGCUGCAGGACGCAGUUGCUCCGGUUGCCAGUCAACUGAUUGACCUGAGCAUCGAGUCACAAGAUCUACACCUAAACAACAAUAACAGCUUGCUGACGAGCACAGCGGCAACCACCACGCUAGUCACUGCUGAUAGUCACGAGAAUAAAGAUAUAUCGCUGCUGUGAAUUGGAUGAGGAAACCAAACCUGAUUGUUUUCUAAACCUAAAUCUUGAUAUAGCUAAAUGUGUGUGGAGUUGGAGUAUUUAUUUAUAGGAUGAGAUCUAUAUAGGAAUGCGAGUGGACAGUGCGACAAAUUAUGGUUACUAAAAACAGGAAAACGUAAAAGCUUAUAAAAACCUAUAUAUUUAAACGUACACAUUAUAUAGAUAGAUCUGAAUCAGAAUCAGAGCGGGGGGUUAAGAUGAGACCGAUUCCAAGCGAGGAACGGAAAGGAGUAGCAGCUGCAAGUUAAAAUUAGUUAAGAACUAAGACAAACCCUAAAAAGAGAUAGAUUGAAGAAGAUCGUCCCCAGAGUUUGGGGAUCGUUUGCGAAGCAAUUCAAUAUCAAAGAAAUCUGUUUGUGAAGCACUACAACUAAGCUAAAGAAAAUGAACAUUUGAUGCAAUUCUCGAUUCGAUUCGAUGCGUUUCGAUCUAAUUUAAUUAAAAACUCGCUUCAAAAGUUGAAAGUGCAUGCUUACAUUGAGUAUAACUUGAGCCAGAGAGCAGGAGAAUCGCCGAAGCAGCGUAUAUAAUUGAAAAUUAUAUAAAAUUAGUAGACAAACCCCUAGUUUAAACAAAAAGAAAACGCGAGAUUCUAAGGGGCACCCAGAUCAAAUUGUGUGUGUGUCGGGCCCCGAGCGAGCAAUAAACGAAGACGAAGACGCGGUAUCCACAUACCAUUAACCCCAUCCACAUUUACAGCGCCUCACUGCUGGGAGGGCAUCCGCUCCCUUCUUUAUUUUUUGCCCAACUUUGCACAGUUGUUCUGUAAGUUAAGUUUACUACGUUGAGCCAACGAAUCCGUGAGGUAUUAUUUAUUAAAAACAAAAACGAAACAAACGAGAAAAAAAAAAAUAGAAAAAAAGGAACAGAAAUUCAAUUGAAAUUAUUUGCUGAUACUGUUUGCAGUUAGUCGAGCAGAUAUAGGUAGCCUGUAAACAAUAAUAACAAUUACACGCGGAUAUAUACACCCACUGUAAUCACAGAUGUCAGUGCUUGAUAUACACAUGCCUAGGUCUAGUGGAAACGGCAGUACCAUAUUGUACUAUUUGUAGUAGGAGUCCCAAAUCUGAUUAUGCUUAUGUCACCCUUUUAUUAUAGUAAAGUUCUCUGUAUAUUAUUGCGUCUUUUUUGCGUCUACGUAUAUAUUUUUUGGUAAAACAUUUUUUAUAUAUAUACACAUUUAUACUUGUAAUUUGUAUUUAUCCAUGUGCAAAAAUAAAUUAUGAUGAUUAUUUUUUAAAGAGUCGUCGUCCCCCUCGAAGCAUGCAUAACAAAACAGAUUGUAAAAAAAUAAAUCGAUUUAUACAUACAUCUAUAUGUAAAACCAUCCCCCAUAGUCUACGAAACUCACACACCCACUUGUAUCUGAACGAAAGGGCCUUAAAAGUUAGUAGGAUGCAUGAUCGAUGCUGAUCGAUUAUAGAACGAUUGUAGGCAGAAUCGGAGAGAGUUCAUUUUCGAGCGUUUCGCAUGCGGAAACCGUUAAUAGAUUAAUAUAUUAUAAUGGCAAUAUGUGUAUGCAACUAAUAAGCCCUAACUUCUAGUUAAUUACUGCUUUCCUAUGUUAUAAACCUAAUGGCGAUAUAAUCAAAACAAAAGACAAGCCCACAUCAAAUCAAAUGUGUAUGCUACCAACUUAACAAACCUUUGAUGAUCAAGCUGAAUUAUGUAUUUUUAAUAUUAAAUAUCACACACCCACACAAAAGAACGAACACGACAAACAGAACAACAAAUUAUACAAGCAAUUCCCCCUAUUUAUUUAGAAACCACACUGAAACACUAAAGAAAUUCGCUUCUUAUCGUAAAACCACAAUUGCAUAAUUUAUACGAUUAAACGAAAUAUAUAUUUAUGUGAAUAAACUGUAACUAAUUCUCAAGGCAAA